AUUGACUAACAGAUUGGUACCGUGACCCCUGGAGAAAAUCCGGCGAGGAACUCAGCAUGCUUAUAUUAUGGGCUAGGUUUCACGUCGAACUCAGGGUACUCCGACAGUUUUCAAAUACAGGACUGAAAGGUGUCAGUAUGAGACGGGUGUAAGAUUUGUAAAGUGUUAUCUUACUAUAGUUUACAUUAGAUUGUACAUUGGCGAGCUUGUCUAUUUUCGUAGAUGUUAAACGAUCUAUAAGCCACAAGCAUUAAACAGCCUAACACAUCGUAUUCUCGUCAUAAAUCCCGCACCACAGAUUACACAAAUCUUUGUUUUAGAAAAAUUAGAAACUAAAAUGUCAUGUUAACCUGGUCAUAAAAAAUUCUAAAAAAAAUAAUGUCAAGAUCAGUUAUCGACAAUGAUGGUUUUACCUUAGUAAAAUCAAAACGCUCCUCAAAGAAUAAACAAACUAAAAUACCGGAAAAAUCAUUCUCAUUCACCAACAGUGAUAUAGAAAUAAACAUAUCGAAAACUGUGAGGAAAAUAAAUACGGCUGUUGAGGAAUUAAAAAUUUCAACAUAUUUUGAGAACGUUGCUAAAUCCGUGAGUACCGUUUUGCAGUCCAGAGAAAUAGUUGAAAUAGUUUGUUUUGGACUUGGUCGCAUAGCCGAGUGCAAUAUAUCGAGAUACCAAUUAGCGCUUCUUCUAUCACUAAGGGAUAUUUUUAAUAUUAAGAAAGUGUUCGUUCACGAUCCAAUUUUCUAUAAAUCGGAAUGCACAGUGCUCCAAGAACUCGGCAUUAAUGUUAUAGAGGAAAAUAAUGAAGGCAAUUAUGUAAUAUCAGAUAGUGGUGUCACUCUUGUUUACUUGCCACAUUGUCCGAAGCAAUUAACCAACAACUUCCUCUGGAGUAAUUGGGGUGUGAAUCUCCGCAAUUGUGUAUUAAUUUGCAAUAGCUUUAACUCGCUAAUAGAAAAUCAACCCAGUCGAGUACUAAAGGAAAUUGUGCCGUUUAUUAAAAAUAUAUUUCCAUAUACUUCAGAAAUAUAUUUAGAGAAUAACUUCCAAUAUUCUGAUAUUUUCAAUGAUACAUCCCUUCACUAUUUUCCAAAUGACAAAUUAUUGAAUAUUGACUCAACUUUUUGGACCAAAAGUGAUAAACCGAAAUAUGAGGACAAUGAAGAAUUUAUUUCGUCACACAUGAUUGAAAAGUUGAAUAUUUUUUGAAGGUUUGAACAGUAUGGCAUCCAUCACUUCGAAGCCCGUGCUUGUUACACUGAGGCAGCUAUUAUCCGAACUUCGUAGGCAGAGUCCAACGAAGAAGUUAGCUGAAAAUCAAAUGGUGAGGUACAUAUUUGACCAGUACCGUAAAUACCAGACCACAGAUCAGCAAUUGUGUAAGGCUAUUGAUGAAAUGCACUUCCGAGCAAGAACUUAUCAUAAUUAUUUGCAUCACUCGAGGAAAUAUAAAGAACUCAACACUGAGUUUAAAGGAAAGGGUGAGAGAAGUAUUGAAGAGACAGCAAAUAUGGUCGGAUUUAAGCUGCCUCAUGACCCGAAGCCAUAAUCUAAUUUCCAAACUACUAUUGUUAAAUUAUUAGUAUUCAUGUUUGUAAAUAAAAUUUGUGAAUGUUCUUGCA